GCUGGUUCAGACAACUUGCUCUUUGCCCCCAUCUUCCUUUUGGUGGCUGCUCAGUUUGAACAUCAUGGCCCCGAAAAAAGUUGAACCCAAGAAACCGGAGCCCAAGAAACCAGAGCCUAAGAAAGAGGAGGCUCCAGCACCAGCUCCUGCUCCUGUCCCUGAGGAGCCCAAAGAACCUCAGCUGGACCUGAAGAGCAUCGUGUUGGAAUUCAGUCCAGACCAGAUUGAAGAGUUCAGGGAUGCCUUCACCUUAUUCGAUGAGACACCAACGGGCGAGAUGAAGAUCAGGUAUGCUCAGUGUGGAGAUGUGAUGAGAGCUUUGGGCUAUAACCCCACCAAUGCUGAUGUCCAUGUGGUGCUGGGAAAGCCCAAAGCAGAGGAAAUGAACAGCAAGAUGCUGGACUUCGAGACCUUCCUACCAAUGCUGCAGCAUAUCUCCAGGGCUAAGGACCAGGGUACCUUCGAGGACUUUGUGGAAGGCUUGAGGGUCUUUGACAAAGAAGGUAAUGGCACGGUGAUGGGAGCCGAACUCCGCCAUGUUCUGGCCACUCUGGGGGAGAGAAUGACCGAAGACGAGGUGGACCGCCUUAUGGUGGGACAAGAGGACACCAACGGCUGCAUCAACUAUGUUUCAUUCAUCAAGCACAUCCUAUCUGGGUGAACUGGAGAACGUCCUAGAGUUACUCAAUGACUGUUAAAAUAACAACAAAAGGACUUUUAAGAGCAAUGUUUGUAAACAUUAAAUAAAGAUUAUAUUAUGUCUCUGCUUUA